AAUUUGUCGCGUCUGUCACGAGACAUACGGCCACCUACGUAUAAAGAGCUCCGCUUGUCGGGACGAGACACUACUGACUUAUUGAUCUGAUGUGAAGGACGGGUAUUCCUUUGUCACGGCAAUGAUUUGGGGAAUGGUAUUAUAAGAGGAGGAAGAGGUUUCCACUCCAAUCUGUAUUGUUAGUAAUGCGGUGCAGCCCAGAAGAAAAAGUCCAUCAAAAAGGGAGAAAAGAGACUCAUUCGUCAUGUCCACCAAACUUGUAAAGAGGCUGAGCAGCAAAAGAAAAAAGCCCCUAAAGGACCACAGCAAGUAUGAACUUCUCACCACACUUGGCCUGGAGGCUUUCUAUCCUUCUCAACUGGACCCAGCAUCAAUACUGGACCUCAGUACCUGGACGUUGGAGAACCAAGAACCCCAAGGAGCCAGAGAUCUGCCACAGUCAUUCCUUCAAAGGCUUUGGCUGCUUUGCCCAGAUGCUCGGAGUCCUUCCUGCAAGGAUCGUUCUGAUGUUACCGGAUUAAGUCUUUCUACUUCAAUCAGUCCUCUUGAUGUGGUGUCAGCUGUCUUUAUGUGUGCCAACCCUUUCCUCCAGCAGGAGAUGGUAGCACGCAUGAUCCAGUGUCAGUUUGCUGUGCCUUUGAUACUUCCUCACAUGGAUGCAGAAGAGCCGAGCACCUUCCUGCUUUGGCCUUUGAGAGGUGUUGUGAAGCAAUGGAGGACUAAAGGUAGUGUCCAGGAAGCAGUUUUGGCAAGCACGUCCAUGCCAGUGAUCACAUGUUUAAGGCUUGGCAGCUGCAGGAUCUCCAAGUCUGAGGUGCUAAACCACAUCAUCGGUAGUCAAACAUUUCUUCACAGAGGGACGCAAGAGGGAGAACAACCUCGAAGGCUCUCCAACGGUCUUGUGGAGAUCGGAUGGUAUCUUCCCACGGGAGACCCGAACAGAGACAUUUUCCCUGUCCCUGUGGUCUUGUCUAACCUCAGAGGAGAUGCAAGCAAGCAUGAAAAAACUCUCCACCUCCUCUGCCAAUCAUCUGCAACUGUGCUUGUGUUCUGUAAAAAUCUAAAAGACAAAGAGAAGCAACUCCUCGCUUCUUGCAAGGAUACAACCAAACUCAUUUUGAUUGACCUCUCAGAGACUGAAAUCACAGAGGACAGAACGGUGGGCUUUCUGGAUCCGAACCUUCAGGAGGAGCUGGGUCUUCCUGAUGAAUCAGUCCUGUCAGGAGCUUCCUUGAAUGCCGAGAACUUAGCAAAUAUAUUGUGUGGUGUUGUUAAACGUUUGCUACCAGGCCUAAGACUUACGACACUCGAGGCCGCCUCCGAGUUAGCAGUGGAGCAGGGGCUUCAAUGUGAUGAAGACACGCUGUGUAAAAAGUCAAUGGACAGAGCAGAAGAAGUUUUGAAACAUCUCAGAGAGGAGCCUGCUCUCUUUAGGGAGAGGCAGCUGCCUUUGCAGGGCGUUUCAUGGAGCAGGUUGGCUCAAAUUGACAAAGAGGAAAGUAAAAAGGACAAAGACGCUGCCUCACAUUUGCAAAAAGAAAAGAAGGACAUCUCAGCAAGUCUUACCAGCUACAAAAUGACUCCCUCAAUGAAGAGCUUCACAGAUGCCCUUUUAAGCACUGAUAAAGCAGAGAAGAUGUAUUUCCUUUGUUGGAUGAGAGUGAAACUUAGACUGCUGCAAAUGCAACAGCAAAUCAAAGUGGAAGAUCUGAUAAAACAGCAGACUGAAGAGAACAAAGACAUUCCUGAGCAACCUGUGCUACCAAACGGAGCCAGUGAUACCAGCGAUGAUAGUUUCUGCACAGAUUCAACGUUUGAGGACGAGGAAGUGGUGCAGUUUAUAGAUUCCCAUCUGGAAGUUCCCAAAUCAGAGAGUCAAGUAAGCUUGAAGCACAUUUUGCAAAGUGACAAGGAUGAAGGAUCGGAGUCUCUGCACUUGUCAAGUGAAAAAGAGUCAGUCGCCAGUGAAGAGAUUCUUGACAAUAAUAUCGCUUUAAAUCCAGUGCUCAGAGAAAAUGGAAACUUUGGUGUUCAUGGAAAUGACGAGACGUCUUCUACCGAACAGGAAAUUAACCAAAGUUCAUCCGUUGGCAGUCUGGAAGUCACAUCUACAGAACCAAUUCAACCUUUACCGUUUUUUCUGGGUCUUGAGCACUUUUUGCGUGAGAUGGGCCUCGUUUUUGAACUCACCAACAUCCACGGCCACAACGUGGCGCGACUCCCAAAUAUUGCUGCUGACUUACUCCUCAACGGGAUACCCCUGGAACUCAUGGAUGGAGACGCCUCCAAUGUUCCCAUGCGUUGGCUCAGCAGUGUGUUUGCAGAGGUCAAACGGCGCCUUCCUCGAGAGCGCUACAGGACGCUAACCAGCCUCGGAGUGCACCAUGCAAGAAAUGAUGAGAUUCUCUCAGCAUUAUUUAGCGUGAAAUUCCCAAAUCAGUCUAAAAGCUCUACAAGAGGCAUCUACCUCGUUAUCCUACGGCUGCCGUCUGAGCUUAAAAAGAAGCUGAACUGUGAUUGUCUCAUGCUAAUUGACGUUGAGGGUCUUUGCUCAAUGCCUCCCGAUCCAGAAAAGAAGUACCAGAUCUGUGAUAAUGAAAUGGCGACUGUUGCAACAGGACUCGGUGAUGUCUUGUUGCAAAAUCUCUACUCAAGUGGAGCCUCAGAGUUUGAGGCGAGCCUCACUGUUGCAGUCAAUGCUCUACUGCGUAUCAAAGAAUGCGGCUCCAUGCCCAUCUGCAAAGUUUUGGUCCAAGACGAAGGCAUUAAUACCAUAUUAGAGGCCACUCAAUUACAACGUGUAUCUGACCUUCUGCAGAAAGGAGAAAAAGAUAACGUAGUGACACAUAACACAAAGACCAAAAGAACAAGCAGCUACUAUGUCAAGCCUUGGUACAACGAGCCCCUUUCGGUUGAUCCGCAUCAUAGUGAAGCUGUGCUGAAGGUAAAGCGUACCCUCUUUGGAGCACUGAAGGCUCAAUCACAAACAUCUGGUUUAUCUGAAUUUAUGAGCCGUCUGAGUUCCGUUUGGGAGGCCGUCAAAGCAGAAUCCUUCUUUGUUAGUCUGCAAGAAACAGGCGUGGCCUUAGCUUUCUCUAUAUUUUGCACAGAGCUCUCUCAGUGGGAGGACGACCUCAUGGAACACAUGGAAUGCUGGAUUAAGAACGCGACCAAGAAAAUCUCCUGCACCAAGCCAGAAGCGAUGGAACCUUCCUGUCAGAAUGACCUCCUGCGUCAACUGAAGGAUGAAGCCAAAGAGGAGGUCAAAGUUGAAGUCAAUAAGCACCAGGCAAGAGUGAAGGCCCACUUGAUGGGAAACAAGCAGCUGAACGCCUAUGCUAAAAUGCUGAAACCAAUCCUCACGAGUAGCAUGAAUGAGCUCCAAGAGGAACUGACGAGAAUGAUGAUGAAAAAGUUGGACAGAAUCAAUGAGAACCACUGUUAUUACUCUCAGCUCAACAGAAUAGAAACCAUAUUGGAAGAUGCGCAAAACACUAAGCUUCAUGCCCUGUUAGAGUGCAGUAAAUCCAAAAAACAUCUCUUUGAAGACGCAGAACUCGAAAAUGAAUUUGAGGGAAUGUGGAAUAAAGCAUUAUCCACCUUUGAAUUCAGGCUUUCGGAUAAAGAUGAUAUCACCAAAAGGGUGAUGAUGAUUCUGAAAGAUAACCUCAUGCAUCACGGUCUCCAAAAGCACUUGAAUAAGCUCACAGGCAUCGGCCAAAAUCAGACCACGUGCUUCCGAGUAGAUGAUCAGUACUUUGGAUACCGCAGCAGAAUGAAAAACAUGUUUGAAGACAAGAACAAUCCACAGAAAAGCAAAGCCCAGGAGCUUGCACAUAACAUCAUAGAGAACUACAAGGAGUUUGUUGCGGAAAAAGCCAGUUUAUUGCAACAUUUCUCUGACAGCGCCAUUACUGAGCUCUUAGACAUUGUUGAUAAAGCUUUGAAAGAAACACCACUGGAAACCAGGACGGCCUUUGAGGUGGAUCUGAAAGUCUUCCUGUGUAACGCUGCCUGCAGUGACUUCCAAAAACUCCACGACCGCUACGCCAAGGAUAAAGAACUUUUAAUGACCAUCAACGCAAAAAAACACAUACUCAUGGCAAAAUUCAUUUAUCAGUUCCGGAAAAGAGACCAAAGUCAGAGGUUGGCUCACCGAUUCUUGUCGGACAUCAUCACGCCUACGGUGAUGGAUUACAUCUAUAAACCUUUAGGGAUGCAAAUUGUGGACGAUAUCCAAAGUAGCGCCCCCCAGUAUCUAUCACCGCAGGCUUUCCACAAGAGUUUACUAGAGGAGCUCAUCAAGGAAGACCAGUUUGAAAACUUCAUGGAAUACUUACUCUCCUAUGACUCCUUCAGGCAGAGGAAAAUCAAGGAAGCGGUGGCAGUUCACUUACUGGAGUCGAACGUAAACACAUGGAGGCUCCAGAGACUUGGCGAAAUCAUCGGAAAGAUCGCAGCAGCCGUGAGCCAAAUGGCGGAAGGCACCAGCGGAGUGCUCAGCGACACCAAGCCACUACUGGAGAGAGUGUGCUUCACCCUGGAGGCAGACGGAGAUGUGAGUGUCCCUUGGGCGUCCCUGAACGGACCGUUUUAUAGCAUCACCACAGAAUGGGAUCGCUUCAUCACAUGUUUCAUGGAGUUGCUGGCGGGUAUGCGGUUGGAGCUGGCCCAGGAGUUCUCCCACAAUGCGGAUAGCAGCCAGCUUCUUCAGUGCCUUCCCUGUCAACCAAGCGACUUGCUCUUCAGCAGGGUGAAAGGCUGUGAUGCCGUGUGUCCUGUGUGCAGAACGCCAUGCGGAGAGGAGCAAACCAGACAUGAGCUUCACAGGUCCUCCCAUCACAGGCCCAAAUACCUGUGUUCUUCUACUUCUCUGUCCCAUAACACCUCCCCUGAAAGUAUAACUCCAGCUGACAUGGACCCACAAGAUGGCGGUGCAUCCUGCUGGGAGCUCCAUGCCCUCCAUCCAGACUGGAAUAUUUCCCCUGAGGAGACACCGAGUCCGUACUGGAGGUAUGUGUCAGCAAGAAUGAAUGAAAGGUUUGCAAAGGAACAACAGCAGCAGCCUGCAAAGAUUCCAGACGAGUGGAGGAUGAUCACACAGCAGGAGGCCUUGGACAGUCUAUGUCUGGGGUCUCAAACAUAAUUUACUUGGGGACUGCUGGAGUGAGAAAAAGCAAUCACAACUUCAAUUGCCUGCCGCAGAGCUGGGGCUCGCUAUCUGGCCUUUGACUGAACGUCCCUGCUUCAAGCCGUCUGAAAUGGCUUCAGGAGAAGGAGAACUUUUGGGAUCUGAAGUUGGGAUCUCAAGUGGCCCAUUGUCAUCACACAUACAGUACAUUAUUAUCAUUUGACAUUGGGCUGUAAAGGGGAUUUUUUUCAUGCAUUUUAAGUGAAUGUAUUUUUGCCUAAUGUAUGUAUGUAUGUAUGUUGUUUUUUAUAUACAAUACAUAUUUAAAGGGGGCCUAUUA